CUACCCGUCCUCGUGUCCUGCCCAGCGCAACCAUGAGCAUCAAAUAUCACCUUACACCCUUCAGCUGCUAGUUGACCCACUGAAACCAAGUUCGAGACCAAUUUAGGAACAUAAAAUAUAUCUGACAGCUCCAACCUAUUAUUACGAACAAUACCCACAUCAUCAACAGAGAUAGUGGAACCACCUGCUACUUGCAGGUAAAUUCCAGAACUAGGACGAACAUGAGUAAACGAAGAACAAUCACUUUCCAUGUGAUUGGCAGCUACGUAGUCAAGAUGCCUGGAGGGAAGAGGGCUAGAGAUAGUACCCAUAGCAAAAGUAGUGCCCUCAGCAGGAGAGGCCAUCUCCUGUAGGGCCUCACGAAUAAGACGUCGUAUAUCAUCCUGAGACACGGCGGAAGAGCUAUCCUAGACAGCGGGUGAGGAUGUAGGUGGCGGAGCAUAAGUAGUAGCGUACGCACCCCAGAUGGAGUACGUCCAGUAUCGUGGCGAGGGCCCGUGGAAGAAGGUCCAGACCCGGGAACGCUUCCACGAGAACGAGCACAGCGUGCAAGGAUCGGGCAAUGGCCAAUCACGUGGCCCGAGUCCUUGCAAUAGUUGCAUGCCACAUGUUUGGGAUAGCGAACUCGAACGUGACCAGGCUGCUUGCAGUGAUAGCAAAUGAUUUUUCCGGAGGGAGUACGUCCAAACUAUGGACGACUAGACUGCACCGCAAAUGUCGCGCCCGAAUCAAAAGUAUGGAGAUCAAGUUUGGCCUGACUACGCAGGCGGGUUUCAUCACGAACCAGCUCACCCAACACCUCCUCAAUGGUGGAAAUAUUUCGAUGAAGCAAAGAAGACCGAAUCCCCUCAAAAGCAGGAUUAAGCUUUAUUAAGAUAUGCAUAAGGAGAGAAGUAGCGCCAUCUUUGAGGACUUUAGCUGAAGCAGCACUCGACACCAAGGAAGCUGUUAAGAGAUCUUGUUCGGUCUAUAAGUUGAGAGCAGCUUGAUAAUAUGAUUAGAAUCCAAUUCUCCUUGCUCUAACGAGGCAACUUUGACCUCGAGUUCAAACUACGAGAAGCGUUAGCCUGCGAGUGGAUAUCACAGAGGUGCUUGCACAUCCCCACGGCCGAUGGAAGCCAUGGAUGGCUCCGCCGACUUUAGAAUCCAGGAAAUAACUUGAGCAUUUUCAAUUGCCCAAUCGGUGUGAGUCUUCGCCGAGGCAGAUUCACCCAGCUCCGGAGAUGACCCAUCCAAGAUUGGCAGGAGACACUGCACUUGUACAUACACCCGAAACUGCAUCUCCCAUAGCAGGAAUUUUUUCCAUUCAAGCGAGCAGACACAACGUCCAACUUCGAGCCCUCCAUGAAGUCACAAACAACAACCUAGCAGCAAUACAAGGAACCCCAAAAAAGCAACGCGGAGGCUGGAGAAUAGACACCCCAAAAAAGAGGCCCCAAUCACACAAUACCGCAAGCGGAAGAAAAGCCCAAAAUAACCAAGAUAAGACCCCAACAACCUGAGUCAGCCGCUAAUAAAAGAAAACCAGAGAUAGCUGGCCGGAACCAGAGUGGAAAAAUACCCCAAAAAAAUGAGAGAGCUGCUGAGAACAAGAACGGCAGCCGAAGAACACCAACCUAGAAGAGUCUGCACAAACCACAAACGGCAGAUAGCUAACAAGCACACAAAACACUCACGAAAAUUUCAGAGAGGCUUUGAUACCAUGUCAAUAUAAUCAAACUUGGAAGAUUACGCAACACAAAACACAGAGAUUACGUGAUUUCCCCAACGAUGAUCGUUGGGACUAGUCCACGGGAGAAGGUUGUGAUCUCUUAUUCACGUUCAGAGAAGCUUACAUAGGCCGAAGCCCUUCACCAACACAUAUAUUCUCGGCCACCCCAAGUCCUAACCAAUGUCAGAAAAAGAAAAUUAUGUACAUGGCUUAUUACAAAAAGGUACUUAACCUUUAACUUCUAACCGUUAUGAGACGAGCUAUCAUGUUUAAUCAGCAAUUUCUGAGCUCAUUUAUUUUUAGUAAUUAGUUAGGUGCCCGACACGUUGGUUGGAAUAUUAUAUGAACACAUUACAUUUAUAAUGUCUAUCCUAAUUUUAUAAAAGUAUUAAGGAUUUUUUAUUUUUAUAUGACAUUAAUAUGAUUUUGAAAUUAUUUUUUAUUUUUAAUAUCAUCAUACUAUUACAUCAAUAACCGAAUGUUAAAUUCUUAAUGAUUAUAGCACUUGUGAAUAAUAUUCAUGACCUAUCUAUUUAACAAUGCAAUCAUUUAGUUAUCUAUGGUUGUAAAUAAAAAUGAAAUAAAAAAGUUUGCCUAACAAAAUGUAUCACAAAUACCAAAAGAUAAUCAUGAUCUUUAGCAAAUAUUUUUUUCCUUUUGACGUGAGAUACAAUGCGCAUAUAUAUACACACAUACAUAUAUGGUGACUUCUAUCGUACACCAGACAUAUAUUGAGGUAUGCCAUACACCAACAAUCUCCACCGUCCACGUCCAUCUCAACGGCUGGCAUUAAUGCCGGUUCUUUUUUGUAGGAUUAAAAAAUAAAUUAUCUCAUUUAUGCUGCCCCGUUGAGAUGGACGCAUAUAGUGAAGAUUACCUGGUGUACGACAUAUACCAAGUUUUGUCUGGUGUAUGAUAAAAUUAUCCAUAUAUGGUGACUUCUAUCGUACACUAGACAUAUAUUGGGGUAUGUAGUACACCAGCAGUCUCCACCGUCCACAUCCAUCUCAACGGCCAGCAUUAAUGCAGGUUCUUUUUUGUGGGAUUAAAAAAUAAAUGACCUCAUUUAUGCUGCCCGUUGAGAUGGACGCGGACGGUGGAGAUAUAUGAUUAGUAUACUCCACGUGAUCUUGUCGUUAGUUCUACUUGAAUGAGCUCUGACCAAUCUCAACGGUCGAUUAUAGUUUUCCAUUAAAUUGGACUUCGGGUUUGGGUUUAGAGAACUCUAAACUUUGAAGUAUUAUAAAAAACACGAUAAAAAAUCUAUAGAAAAAUAUCAUUCUUCAUCCUUACUCUAAGCCAUAAAAAAAAGAUUGUCGACCGACAUACUCGAAAUGUAAUUAAAGGACAAUCUUAGUCCUUCAACAACUACAAUUAAAACUCUCUUGUGGUACUCACCAUGCUAAUGCAUAUAACCAUCAUAUCAACAAAUCAAUGCAUGAUUUGUUGACAAAAACAACAAAUAUGUCUAGACAAUCGUCACAAAAAAAUAUAUAAUUAAUUACUAUUUGAUCAUUAUCGUCUUGAUAACUAUGUUUAUUGAAGCAUAUGUAUUAAUUUCUAUGAGUAUUAUUUGAGAAUUCUUAUUCUAGUUUUUAUUUAUGUGAUUUUUUCUGAUUAUUUUUACAAAUUCUAUAUUUUUAAUAAUUUAAAUUUAUUACUUUUUAUCGUAUUUGAACUAUUUACUUUUCUUCCAAACAACAUUUUUUUUCAUUUACUAACACCCCCCUUACAAUUUACACAUCAACUUGCACAUUCUUAAAUUUGUAGUACUACAUGCCAAGCAUAAGAUGUAAUUUGGAGCAUAUAAAUUUUGUACAUAUACGCUAUAUAUAAUUAAAAAAAAAAACUCACAUCUUUUGAUUUCCACUGCAUGAAAACAAAACAAAUACGAAUAGCGUCCAAAAUUUGACUAUCAUCGCGCGUUCCGCGUGGGUAGAAAAACUAGUAUAAAAUAAAAAUUAAAUCCUUGCUCUGUUUGGCAAUAAAGCGUGCAAAUUGCAGGGGUGCAAGUUGAGGGGUAAAUUGUUGGGGGUGCAAAUUGCUGAAGUUGUAAGUGGAGGGGUAAAUUGUUGUUUGGAUGAAAAAGUAGGAGGGUGCAAAUAGAGUGAAAAGUAAGUAAUUAUAUUAUUUUAAAGUAGAUUUUAAAAUUUUAAAAUAGAUUUUAAGAUUUUAAAAUAGAUUUUAAAAUUUUAA